UCCCGUUCCCCAGUCGCUUACAAAUACGCGUCGCGAUCGGUUCAACUUUCGGUGGAGCUCUCUAUUCGUGGCAUUACUGCGUCUACGCAAUUAAGCAUUUCAUUCUAGAGUGAGAUUUGCGUUAUCUGUUCAGUGUUUGUCUGCAGAGAUUUCGGUUUAAUAAGUCUAGACUCCGUGAACGAGUGCAAUGGCCUGUACAUUAGACAUCACUUUUGAGAAUGGCACAAAAAUGCCAGCCCUCGGAUUCGGUACUUGGCGGGCAUCGGACGAAGAAGUGGAGAAAGCGCUCAACGAAGCCCUGGAAGCCGGUUACCGUCACAUCGAUACUGCACCGGUAUAUCUUAACGAGAAAACCAUCGGCAAGGUGCUGAAACAGUGGAUCGAUGCAGGAAAGGUGACCCGAGAUGAGCUCUUCAUUGUGACCAAAUUACCGCCGCAUGGAAUAAGAGCCAGCUCGGUGGAGAAAUUUCUUAAAAAAUCGUUGAAUGAUCUUCAGCUGGAGUACGUCGAUUUGUACCAUGUACAUGUGCCCUUCACGCUACCGGAGGUUAACGGCCCGUUCCUGGUGGAAAAUGGUUUGAUUGUGCUGGAGACAACAACCGAUCAUGUGGCGCUUUGGAAGGCCAUGGAAGCAGUCUACGAGGCCGGUCUCGCACGCAACAUAGGCCUAUCGAAUUUCAACCAACGGCAGAUACAAAGGAUCCUCGAUAAUUGCCAAAUCAAACCGGCUAAUCUGCAGAUCGAGAACCACAUCUAUCUGCAGCAACCGGAACUGGUGAAGUUUGCCAAGGCCAACGGCAUUACCGUCACCGCGUACUCUCCGCUAGGGUCCAAGGGAAUCGAGAAACUUUUGGGCCGCGAGGUACCGGAUCUGCUGGACAAUCCGGUGGUGAAGGAAAUUGCCGAAAAGUUGGGAAAAACGCCCGCCCAGGUACUGCUGCGCCACUUGCUGCAGCGCGGGAUUUCAACGAUCCCGAAAAGCACGAACCCCAAACGGCUGCGGGACAACAUCGAUCUGUUCACGUUCGAUAUCGAAGAUUCCGACAUGGUGCGUUUGAAUGAGCUGGAUCAGAACAUUCGCAUUUGCGAUUUCGGAUUUUUCCCCGGAGUCACCAAGCACCCGGAAUUCCCUUUCUAAGAAUGAAGAAUAGUCAAAAUCGAAAAUAUGAUAUCGAAUUUAAUUUCUCAUUAUUUUCUACUAAGAAAACAAAUGGAUAUACAAUAACUUUUUUUUUAUUAGAAAGUAGGAUUUUUACCGUAAGCCCCUAAUGGGGUUGCCAUUUUAAAUGAUUUAGAUUCAAAAAUUUGUUAUCCGUGCAACAAUAUAGUUUGGUAAAUUGAUAA